AGUUACAUCCACGGCAGCAGUCAGGCCCAGUUUGUAGCAGAAACUCACAUCGUGCUGCUCUUCAACUCUGCUGUUACCAUAGGGAUGGUGCUGUUGCACGAGGCUGCCACGUCAGAUAUGGACAUUGGCAAGAGGAAAAUCAUGUGUGUAGCAGGGAUCGGUCUGGUGAUGCUCUUCUUCAGUUGGCUGCUGUCCAUCUUUAGAGCUAAAUACCAUGGAUACCCUUACAGUUUCCUGUUGAGUUAGAGCUGGGAGGAAGAAGCCUGGAAGUCCCAAAGUGCCUCGGACGCCUCACACACCACAACACCACAACAACACAACAACAACACAACAACACACCACAACACCACAACAACACAC